AGGGUCUAGGGAGGGUGGACUUCGCUUCAAGCCUAUUCUCUCUCACUCUCGCUCUCUUUCCCAUUUCUUCUUUAAUCCCAUUUGCCAUGUUAUUUAUGGUCUGAGGUUAUCGGACAGAAACAAUCCAGCAGCGAUGCCAGAGACAGAGCAAGAAACCUGUGCUCCCUCUAAGGACUCGCCUUUUUCCAUUAAGAACUUGCUGAACUGUGACAACAAACCGUCGAAACCUAAACCUCUCCUUGCUUCCGCAAAAGGAGUUUUAGAAGGAGGUUUUUCACUCACCCAAGUAGGGGACCUGAGCUUUCCUCGUUUUGACAUACCGACCCAGAGGUUUGCUUUGCCGGCGCAUUACUUGGAACGAGCCUCAGCAUGGUGGUACCCCUACACCCUGGGUUCGUCCGGCCAUAUACACAGGACAGCAGCCGUGGAGAAGGCUAGUGUGAGGGACUCUUCGCCAGCUUCGGGUACAGACAGAGAUUCGCCAGAUCUUGUGCUCAAAUCCGACCCAGAUGCCAAAGAGGAUGACGGCAGUAAAAGCGCAGAUGAAGUCGUGCUGGAAGAGAGCGAUUCAGAAGAAGCAAAGAAAGAGGACGAGGUAGAUGACUGGAAGAAAAGGGAGGACAGCCCGGAUAAAAAACCGUGCCGGAAAAAGAAAACACGCACAGUCUUUUCCAGGAGUCAGGUGUUUCAACUGGAAUCGACCUUUGAUAUGAAACGCUACCUGAGUAGUUCGGAAAGGGCAGGUCUGGCGGCUUCUUUACAUCUCACAGAAACUCAAGUUAAGAUUUGGUUCCAAAACAGAAGAAAUAAGUGGAAGAGGCAACUGGCCGCAGAGUUGGAGGCCGCCAACCUGAGUCACGCGGCAGCGCAGAGGAUUGUGAGAGUGCCCAUUCUGUACCACGAGAACUCAGCCUCAGAGACAGGGAACUCUACGGGCAACGUGCCAGUCAGUCAGUCGCUCCUCACCUUUCCCCACCCGGUAUAUUACUCACACCCCAUAGUGACCUCCGUGCCGCUGCUGAGACCAGUUUGAGCAACACUGUUUUACCAUUCAAGAUGUAAUUUAUUCGUAAUUACUUCGGCUGUAAUUAAUAUUACAAUUAUUAUUUUUGUAAGAAAAAAAAAAAAAAAACAGAAAACAGAAUGGCUUGCAUUUUUACAGGGAACAACUGUAUUCUCAGUAUUUUUAAUGUGUGAAAUCAUUUGUGCAAUUCAAAAUACAUUCUUCUUUUUCUUUCCCCCCUUCUUCUUCUUCUUCUUAAUAAUAAUAAUAAUAAUAAUGAUAAUAUGAGCCACCCUUACUUCAGCAAAUGUUUCACAGAAAGACAAUAGAAAGACCCAUACAUGAACAGUUAAGUUAUUAAUUGGAGGGCUAUUUAUCCUUUUAUAUAGUCAUUUAAUUUACAUUGGUUCAUCAAAAUCAUUCAUAAAACUGAUCCAGGAAGACAUUUUAUUCCAUCGCAGUAAAUUAUUUCAAUAUACCUUAUUUGUAAGCACUGUAGAUAAAUAAUUUUGAUGGAUUACCAGUCGAUUUUAAACGACACAAACCAUGUAGCUAUAACGUGCUUCGGUGUUUUGUAUAAAUGUGAACGAUGGUUUGUUUAUGAGGACAGAUAGAAUUGAUACUCGUUGUUACUCUGAUACUUGUGCAAUACUGUCGGCUUCGUUAACACGCUGUACAGCAGUCAGCGGUGAAUUGUGUUCUAGUACCCCACAAAAAAAGAAAACAUUAUUCGAGGUCGAUUCGGAAACGGAUUACAGAAACGGAACAAAAAAGCACUGACGUAAUUCUUUUUCUAUUCCAGAUCAAGCGCUUUAACCGGUGACAAUCAUUUUUUUGUAUGUCUCAAUUGUAUAAAUUAUAUGUAGCCUAUCGUGUUAACGGACUGAAUGUCUUUAGUUUUAUUGGGAUUUGGAAUUUACUUGAUCACAAUAAUUACUUGGUCUCAAAUUUACUUUGUGAUCUGUUAAUAAUGGUGUACACGUUCAAUGUAUAUAAUAUAGCCUACAGGCAAUCUAAGGAGAAGAGUCAGAUGUUGGGCCCCACUUGUAUAGGAUAAAAACUUCUUUUUAUAUUGUAAUGCUGAAUUAAGAUGUGAAAUAAACUGAAAAUUACUUA